ACACAGAUUUUCUGUAAUUAACAUAAAAUCCGGAAUUAAAAUCGUUUCUGGAGCUUGCACGUGGAAUAAAAACGAUUAUCUUUGAAAAAGUAGAAAGCAGGACACAGUCACAAAUGUGUUCUAAAAUAGCUUAUAGCGACGUUUAAUUAUAUUUAAAUAAUUAAUAUAUAGAAUAAAAAAAAAUCUGAUGUUCACGUUUAUUAAAUUAUCAUUGCUUUAUGUACAAAAUAAGUCAUUAUAUCCAAGUAUUGGGCUUGAUAUUUCAGUGAAAAGUGAACAAAAAAGGUGAAAAGGUGAUAACACAUAACUUUACAGCCCUCUCAAGUGCACUCCGUUUUAGAUCACUUCCUCAAAGCGCGUGAUUGUGGCUGCGUCCCAAACUGCACACUUCUCUACUACAAAGUGUCCUGUUAAAACCAUAGUUACCAUAGGUAACCUGCCUAUUUUGCUGUAUUAUGCACGCGGUUUGAGACAGAGGCAGUGAGAUUUGGUUGAGAAAAGCACCAUAGACUCUUACAGCUGUGUGAGGAGAAACCUGGACAUUCUGGCAGUGUGUUGGAAAGGCAAACUGGCUGGAGUUACGCAUAGCUGAGGACUUGAGCAAAGAUGUAUGGGCCCUUCAGUGUGCGUCGGGAGCGCGUUCCUGACCUCUCCUGCCUGCAUCAGUACAGUGAGUGGCUGGCCAGCAGGCAUGAAGCCAGCCUACUUCCCAUGAAGGAAGACCUUGCUCUGUGGCUCAACACUAUUCUGGGAAUUAAUAUAACAGCAGAGACCUUCAUGGACAUGUUGGAGAAUGGAGUUGUGCUCUGCCAGUUGGCUGAAGAGUUACAGGAGAGGAUGAUUCUAGCUAGCAAUGACAAGCCCUUUAUCCGGCGUGUUAUUCACUGGAGAGCUGAUGCAGCUCGCGGUUCAUUUUUUGCCAGAGACAACGCAGCCAACUUCCUGUACUGGUGCCGUAAAAUUGGCAUAGGCUCAUCCCAUCUUUUUGAGUCAGAAGAUCUGGUUCUCCGAAGGCAUCCACGUGAUGUGUGCCUGUGCCUCAUGCAGCUUGGGAGAAUUGCCUCAAAAUAUGGUAUCGACCCACCUGGUCUGGUCAAACUGGAGAAAGAGAUUGAGAAAGAAGAAUUUGGUUCCAUGUUCUUUGCUUCACCGUUUCACUCUCCCUCCAGUCCUCUUUUCUUUCACCCUGUUCUAUCACCACCUCCUUCUUCCCCUCCUUGUAUUUUUCCUGCCUCUCUCUCUCCAUCCACACCACCUGCCUCUCCACCUUCAUCCCCUCCUCCAGACUUCACCUCUGCCCCAGUCCAGCAACCUGAACCUGAACCAGAACCAGAGCCCGAACCUGAACCCGAGCCUGAGCCUGCACCUGAGAUCAAACCCGAACCUGAACCUGAACCUGAACCUGCACUUGAACCUAAGCAUAUUUCACCCAGUCCCUGGUCACCUGUUCAAACACCCACAUCCACCCCAACCUCACGUCGCCUGAACAAAUCCAAUGGAAAAAAGAGCAAAGACAAUCUACUGGAUGAUAUAGUUCAGCAAAUCUCAGAAGAUCCACCAUGCAGAUGUGAGGUCAGGUUCUGCAUUGAGAAACAGCCCAAAGGCCGUUACCGAAUGGGUGAUAAAGUGCUGUAUGUGAGAACGAAUCCUCCAGGGCUCCUGCACACUCUGCUAUGGAGGAAAAGCUGCCUCUUUGUCACCUAGCCAAUUAGCAGGAGAUCCAGUGAUAAGAUAAGAGAGACACAGAAAGCGGUCUUCGUUUGCUCUCAUGCAUGAGGCUCCAUCAGAAAGCUUUUAAUACCAUCUCUUAUAGUAUCCCUCUUUGAAUAGGACUCUGUGGGAGAUAUAUUUGAUUUGCUUUUAUUUCAUGAAUGAAAGACACAAAUCCAUUAGCUCGUUUGAAUGGGUAUGUUUCAAAAAGAAGCUCAGAAAGCAAUGAGUAAAGCAGUUAAUGGACAUUAAGGAAAUGUAACAAUAAUGGAGCCGUGAGAGCAGAAAUCUACCUCAUUCACGUGAAUCAGAAACUCAGCAAGAUCACAGAUAGCUAUCAGAUAUUUAUAAGAGAUUCUUACACCAGAGAUAUUGUCUUUAGUUCAUCUAUUUAUUUUUCGGCACCUUUGUUCUUUACACCUUCAUUCACGAAACAACAAUAACAAUAACAAUAACAACAAUAAUAAUAAUAAGAAAUUAAUAAAAAUUUCAAAUCUCAAAAUGCUUCUUUUACUUUCUUUAACAUUACUUGCUUCUUAUUAACAGAUAUUAUGCUUGAAUUACUGUCUUUUCCACUAGCUUUUCGGGUUUCCACCUGCUCAGUUUCUUCUCUAGCUCUGGGCUGUGUCUGCAUUCACACCCCUAGUUCUGCAAAGUGAUUAGACAAAAAUAGACACAGAGAUUGAGCAGUCUGUCUCCUGAAUUAGAACAUCUUUACUAGGCUGCAUGUAAUCCUUGGGGAGAUAUUCUACUCAACUUCUACUCAGUGCAGGAGUAUAUAAAAAGUGUGACUGCAGUCUGGCAUCUAGUGGUUGUUACUCAAACUGCAGCCGAAAAGAAAGAAGGAGAUGGAAAA